AUGCAACUAAAAUAUCCCACUUUCCCUACCAAAAUGACCAAUGUCCAAGCACAGAAAAUCGUCCAUGAUCAUGUGUAUGUUGCGCAAGAUUAUCAGGAUGUACUGAAGAGAAUUGAAGACCGCAGCACCUUUUCAGAAAUCGAUCGCAUUAUACAAUUCCCUUUUGUUGCGCCGGUGAUUGAGGAGAAAACAGAAGAGGAAUUGGCCCGUCAAGCGGCUAAAAAAGAAGAGAAUGCAAGGCGCUUACGUGAAGCGGCGGCCAAAUCACGUUUAGAGAAGCUGGUAGCGCGAGAACAACAGUUUGAAGCGUUUACGGCUUUGAAGAACGCCAAGGGGACGGUGAGGAAAGCGGAAUGGUUGGCCCAACUCAAACAAGCCGGUUUCAAGGAUGAAGCCGACUUGGAUGACACAUUGAAGCAGAUCGAUACCGCCAUUCAGCGCGCACGAAAUAAGGAGCUGGGAAUUGAUGAACAGGAGGAAAAAGAACCUCCGGCCACCCAUCUUGUGGACGUCCCAGAUGAAGAACUAUCCGAAGUAGAAAAGAAAGAGAAGCGAAAGCAGAAAUUGUUAAAGGCCAGCUAUGAUGCUCGACAACGAGCGAAAAAAGCAAAGGAGGAAGCGAAAGCACAAGAAGCCGAGCAAGCACGAUUGGAAGAAGAGAAACGACUACGAGAACCGGAGAAAUGGGUGGAGGAAAUCAAAGAAAAACGCCAAGCCGUCAUCGACAAGAUCAAGAAACGAAAACGAUUAGCCGCUGAGCUGAGCGAUCGACGAAGUCGCGCUUCACAAAUGCGUAUGCGAUCCAUUGCCAACCUCGCCAGUGACAGCCCCACCUCCAAACGCAGAAGAAAAGGUCAAGAAGAGGACACUUUUGGUGCAGAUGAUGAAGAUUGGAUGAUCUAUCGUGAAAUUAGCCGUGAGGAUGAGUCGGACGAUGAAGAGGAGGAUCUAUCAACCUUGAAUCAUUACGAAUCACUCUUGUUACAAUACGAUCCGAAUUUCUUGCCUAGUGAUUCUUACGAGGCAGCGUCUUCUCCGACGAACACACUGAUUCACUUGUUAGCUCGUGGUCAGUAUCCACCCUACGACCCUUCGGAUGUCGGACAAAUGCAUCAACUCCACGUCAAUGUUGAACGUGUACGUGUAAGCGAGGCCCUGUUCCAGCCUACGAUCAUCGGUCUCGAUCAAGCAGGUCUUGUGGAAACAGUCAGUGAUAUAGUGAAGACAUUUGAUCCAGACAGCCGGAAACCCAUCAUCAAGACCAUUUUCCUCACUGGAGGAUUCAGUCAUUUGCCCGGUUUGGCCGAUCGCUUGAUGGCUGCCAUGCGAUCGAUUUCCCCGGUAGGUUCGGGGAUCCAGGUACGGACCGCGAAAGAUCCGCAAUUGGAUGCAUGGAAGGGGGCUUCGCUUUUCACCACACUACCGUCGUACCAACAACAUGCGAUUACGAAAAAGGAGUAUGAAGAAUAUGGCGGUGAAUACAUUAAAGAACAUAACCUUGGAAACAUGUAUCAUUUGUAA